CUGUGAUGCGUGUCUUUCAGCAGAUGUCGGGUGGAAUUUUCUAUAUCAAUUUAGGAAGAUACUCUUAAUACCUAAUAGGUUUGAUCGAGGUUUAGUAAUGAUUAAUUAAUACGAAAAUUGUAUUUCACUGUAAUUUCUCAGCCAUACAUAUUUCCAUAGUAAAAUGAACGAGGGGAAAUGCACUAGUCUACUUGUGUGGUUAUUCUAGCUUGUGACAUUUCUUUCAUACAUAUAAACGGAUAUUACAUAAUUGUAGACCUAUGAUCAUGUCUGUCUUGGCUAUGCCAAGUUUAUGAAUCAUACAACCUAUUUGGAGUUACAUAACAGUGGUUUAUUAAAAUAUUAAAGAUUUUGAAUGCAUUUUGAACAAUUCUUAUUUGUGUUAUCAAAAAAAUAGAUUUAGUUAACAUGUUAAACGUUUGUGAUAGGCCUAACUUUUUUAACAGAUGAAACAUUUUCUUCAUUUUGGGGGCUACCGCUGAGAAGAACCACUCAGGCACUGAUACACUGAAGUGGUCAGGUGUUUUCCUAAUCAGAAUCCUGCUUGGGAGAUGGAGGUGAUUCGUCGCUCCUCUGUGUUUGCAGCCGGGGUGAUGGAGGCCUUUGACCAUUCCCCGUCCGACAAAGAACUGGUGUCCAAGUCCAAGGCACUGUGUAGGGACUACAUACACUCUAGGCUCAACCUCUAUGGGCUAGGCUCGUCCAAAACUCAGGUGGACUCAACGCUUUGUGAGGUGGCUGCUGUGCUUCUCUGUCUCGGUGAUGAGCUGGAGUGCAUGCGGCCCAGUGUCUACCGGAACGUGGCGAGACAGCUCAACAUCUCAGUAGCCAUGGAGACCAUGGUUUCCGAUGCCUUUGUCGCCGUGGCAACAGAGAUAUUCGCAGCAGGUAUCACAUGGGGGAAGGUGGUAUCUAUGUAUGCCGUGGCCGGGGCUCUGGCGGUGGACUGCGUGCGACAGAACCAGCCAGCUACGGUCCAAACCAUAGUGGACAGCCUGGGUCAGUUUGUCCGCAAGAACCUGGUCCCUUGGCUGAAGAAACGCGGAGGAUGGGCAGACAUUAAGAAGUGUGUGGUGAAGUUAGAUGCCGUUCCUCAGCCCCAUUGGCUGUCUCCUAUUGCCCAAUCCUGCAAGCACUUUCUGUCAACACUGUACAUCUACAUUAUGAAGGAGCCAUGAAAGACUUGGGAGAAUAAUUGUGGUUGAACUGACAUGCGCUUGAAGUCCUGAUGCUUCAGAUGGACAGCCACUGACUUUGAUGGAACCGAUUAUCUGGAAGAUUGUUGAUGGCUGUCUAAACAGUGACUUUCCUUCUUGCCGAGUACAAGUCACAAUAUCAUGAACAAUGACUGCUCUUCUUCCAGAGAGUAGUCAGUUAAUUUCAUAUACGGGUCGUUCCACCAAUUAGGUGCCGCGACUUGGCGAAAUUGUUUUAUUUCACCUAAUUUUAACAUCGUCAUAAAGAGCAUAUGUUCAACCUAAAGGAAAAUUCCACACAAGUCUUUUGGAAUUUGUUUCAUAAGUCCAUUGUUGAUAUAGUCCCAAAAUGUUUUGCAUGUCAGCAAUCAAAUUUAAAAUGUAUGAUGCAAAAUGAAUCUAUGGGACUAGAAGUCAGAGGAUGCACGUCAAAAUGCUGAAUUUUGGCACUUUAGCAAGUAUUUUCAUUUAAAAAAACAGAUUUAUUUAAUAUAGACCACAUGGAAAAUUCAAGGGCACUUCAUUUAAUAACAAGCUUUUAAAAUUUAAUUUGUGCACAAUGUCUACUUAAAAUAUCAAAGGGAUGCAAAAGGCACUUAUUUCGUGGAACGACCCAUACACUUCAGUUCAGAUGAUCAACUUUUGCUCAAAGUACUUGUACAGAACCAUGUAUCUUUCAGUGUUGUAAUGUAUUUUCCACUAUCGCGUCACAGUGAGUAUAUGUACUGUGGUAGGUGCUCAUACCUCUGAAGUGAGAUCCAGUCUGAUAACUACAACAUAUCAUCUCUGGGACUUUACACUGAAAUAAUGGACAAAGCGAUAACAUUUGCUCUAUGGACAACAAAUCCUAUUUUUGCUGCACCACUGUGGAGGACAUGAAUUGUAUGAUGAGCUACUACUAUGUUGUGGGAUGCAACAGUCUAUCCAGGCUUUGUACACACUUUACAGUGCUGUUGAUCUCAGCGGUGUAUUCACUAGGAACUAAAAGGGAAGCACGGGCCGAAACGGAGGCAUUUGUCCAAUAAGAAACUUGUUUUCGUUGCAUAAUGUUUUGCUACGGUGUGCACUAAUGAAUACACCCCAGUUGUACCCAUCAAUCUCUCCCUAUUGAUUACAAAAGACAGGAUGAUGCCUAUGGGGGAUAUUUUAGAAUGUUGGAAUCCUUUUAAAUACUAUCUUUGACUAAUGUAUUUUAUUCAGAUACUGUAGUGAUUAUUGAAUCUUUAAAGUAUCUUUCCUGUAGUCACUUACAGUAUUUCCUUAAUAUUAUGUGUGCUGUAUACUGAUGUAAACACUUUCAUAUGGAAAAUAAACU